AUGCCGCGGUACUGCGCUGCACAAGACUGCUUGAACAGCGUAUGUUACAGCGGCAGGCCUUCGCACAAGUUUCCGAGUGAGCCCACGUUGCGGAAGCUGUGGAUUCGCGCGGCCCGUCCUUCCCAGCCAACAUGGAAGCCCGCCAAAGGCGAUUGUCUUUGCACGGAGCACUUCGAAGACGAGGACUACAAGACGAGCCCGAAGUUACUGCAAAGUCUGGGCUUGCCUGUAAAACAGGCCUAUUUGAAGCCUGGCGUGGUGCCAUCGCUCUUCACGCGAAAACGCAAGCGAGAGCGGCACAGCGGCGCCGUGGAAAAACGGCGACGGAAAGAGAUAAUUGCUGAAUUGCUGGAGGCACCGGCACAAGCAAAGGCCACACUCAUCGCUGAAGAGGUCAGCACAUCGUCAACCCCUUCUGGUGACGACACUGAGCAAGGUCCUGACUCUGGACAUGAACCAAUGCAUGAUGCAAAUGCUGGCAUCGAAGAACCUUGUUCGAGCUCAGCCCCCUCCAUCAGUAAUGCCAAACAGGCUCAACCUGACCUUCGGAACGCUGCUACGCAGACCUCGGGCAUCUACAGAAAUCGAGCCAUACAAGUCACCUUGAAGACUUCAUCACGAAAGUCCCAAACGAAUCCUGUCCUCGUGACACCACGAUGCUCCUCACCAAAUCAUGUCCCCCAGGCUCCAUUAGAUUGGAUGUUGCCUGAAGGGCUGACUCUGUCGCCGCAGCCGCCAGUGCGCAGACAACCAGCUCCACCACCGGACCCACCACAGCUGCCAACAAUAAACAAUGAGCUGCCCAGUGCAGGCCAGGAAGAGUCUGUUGAAGAGUGUCCCACGGAGCUGCCAGAGCCACACGUGGAAGCAGACAGCCUAUACCUCCCCUCUGACGCUAGCUUCCUCAUGAUGAUGUCCGACACCGGCUUUCUGAGGGAUGCACAGCAGAACACUGCAUCUGACAGCGCACUCAGUCAGCAUGAGAGCAGCAAAAGCAUCGACUACGUCUCGGAACGAAAGUUUAUUGUUUUCGAGUCUUGUUUGGACGAGCUACUAGGUAAUUGUCCCGAGUGCACUGCACUGUGCCGCAUCACAGAGAAGAAGAUCAGAGGGACAUGUCUCCGGGUGCACAGAAUGUGCAACAAUGGCCACCAACACACCUGGACCAGCCAACCAUCAGUGAAUAGGAGGGCCCUGGGCGAUGUGCUCCUAGCUGCAGCAACGCUCUUCUCUGGGAGCAUCGUCAAAAAAGUGCUAAGGCUCCUCCACCAGAUGGGCGUGCCCUGUUUAUCGUACGAGACAUACUUUAAGAUUCAGGGUGCCUUCCUUCUACCAGCGAUCAGACAGGUGUGGAACAGGAAACAAAACGAGCUCUUCGAGCAAGCAAGUGGACGAGAACUGGUCCUCGCUGGUGAUGGGCGGUCAGACUCCCCCGGGCACUCAGCAAAAUAUGGAACGUACACCGUCGUCGACGUGUCAACGAAGAAGGUUCUCCAUGUGGAAACAGUGCAGUCCAACGAAACGAAGGGCAGCUGGGCAAUGGAGCUCGAGGGCCUGAAAAGGACUCUACUGAUUUGUGAAGCCAAUGGAUUGACUGUGGGAGGAAUCAUCACUGAUCGCCACUCCAUGAUCAAGUCAUUCCUUGCCAAGUGGUACCCCCAGAUUCGGCACAUGUUCGACUGCUGGCACGUUGCAAAAGGCAUCAAGAAACGCAUGGUCUCAGCUGGGAAACUCAAAUCCCUUGUGGGACUCCAAGACUGGGUGCAGGCAACUGUCAAGCACCUCUAUUGGUGUGCGGAAUCCAGCGAUGGAGCGCCAGAGGAGAUCCUUCCUAAGUGGACUUCCCUGGUGGGACACGUGGCUGACUUGCACGAACAUGCCGACCCCCUGUAUCCAAGGUGCCAGCACGGAGACCUGGGGAAGAAAAAGUGGCUUCCUGAGGGACUUCAGGCACACGACAAGCUAAAGAGCAUCGUGCUGUCAAAGCCACUGCUGAAGGACAUCCCGCAGCUCUCAACCUCAGCGCAAACCUACGCAACUGAGUGCUUUCACAGCACUGUGAACCAGUUCGCACCGAAGUCGACACACUUCGGCUACGAGAGCAUGCAGGCAAGAGUCUUUGUGGCAGCGCUGCAUUUCAACGAAAACAGCGACAGGCCACAGGCGACUACUAAGGAAGGCAAAAAAAGGUUCCUGGUCAAGCGGCCUAAACAAACAAAGAGGCCAAUUGCAUCUCCCAUGAAAGGGCCCUGCACAUACGCCUAUGUACAAGAGCUCAUGAAGGAAACCCUCGCCCUCAAUUGCCACUACCCGUCGUACCGAGCUGCACGAAAGGCCAACUGUGUCGAGGCUCCCCCAACUCUGUCCAGUGGAUAUGAACGCCCCAACAAGGACCUGCUCAUCUCUAACCACCGUUCCCGGUUCAACUGCUAAGCUGAAGCUGAAGGAACAUGUACUGUCAGGGAAAAAUCAAAUGCGAACAGAAGAGCGCGUGGCUUGCGGUACAAGCUGCGCCGCCUGGAAGCGAGCCUAGGGGCGAGGGUGCAUGGCCUACCCGAUGAGUUUACGCCCUUCGCUCGGCACUCCCCAAGCUUCGGCAGUGCGCCUCUUAGUGCACUGAAAGCUAUCACCACUAUCUUUGCUCACUCGGCGCAUGCGGCACAAGGAAGCUUGCUGCUUGUAGCAGCUAAAGCGCGCACUCUCUCGGAGCGAGCAAAGAUAGAGGUGGUAGCUUUCAGUGCACUAAGAGACGCACUGAUGAAGCUUAGGGAGCGCCAAGCGGAGAGCAUAAACAUAUCGGAGUAGGCCACGCACCUUCGCCCCUAGGCUCACUUCCAGGCAGCGCAACCUGUACCGCAAGCCACGCGCUCCUCUGUUUGCAUAUCAUUUUUCCCUGACAGUACAUUGUGCAGGAACUUGAAACAUUUAUUUACACUAUGCACAAGCAGCAAAGCAGUUCGAUCUGACGUGUCAAUCGCAUCUGUUCCGAGCACGAGCCCCCGGCCGCCAGCCCCUUGCCACGAGCUCCUUUUCAAAACGUCUGUGGCCCAUUUUCUCGUCUUAGGUCUCCGAUUGUUGGUACAGACUCCCCACCGAAUGGGUGUUACCCCAUUUUAAAUUUGUUAUCUCUAGUGGAUAGAGAAGUUGGUCUUUUCAGAAGACUGCCCCUGUCCGGGCGCACUAUACAUGCACAAAUCCUGCCGUCUCGCCCACAGAAAACCUUUUCAACUCUUCCUAUCUUCCGGAGUAAACGUGGGAGCUGUUCCUUCAGAAGGACGAGCCCGCCCACCUCCAGACGUGGCGAUUGCUGGCCUUUUGUUUCAAGGGCAGAUCGAAGUUCUCUCGGGUAGUCUGACCUCCCGUUACCCAGAGUCUGUUAAAGAAUGCUUUCCUUUGUUUCCAUAUUUCUCGGAGCAUCUCUGGAGACGACGCAAAGUCUUCUCUUUCAGCCACUGGAAGUGCUGUCAGUCGUCGUCCCCUGAAAAAGCUAGUCGGUGUGAGCGGCUGGCCUUCGUCAAGCUCAUUGUAAACGAAUGUUGGGGGACAAGAAUUUAGCAUCGCCUCAAUUUCGCAUAGGACUGUGGACAACUCUUCUGCUGCGUUCAUAGUUUUUCUCCCGAUCACUUUUCUUAGUCCCACCUUCACGUAUCAAACCAGUCGCUCGUAGAAUCCUCCCCACCAAGGAGCACGCUCAACAAUAAAACUCCCCUCGAUGGUUGCAUUGGCGAAGUGAUUCACCACUUCUGAGUGUCGUAGGAUCUUCCGAAGUUCUGCCAGGUCUCUGGAGGCUCGCUUGAAGGUUAGCGCAUUGUUUGAGUAGAUGAUGCGGCAAAGUCCCCUCCAUGACACAAACUUACGGGCAGCUACAAGAAAACUUCUUGUUGAAACGUCUGGUACGAGCUCCAAGUGAACCACCCGCGCCACUGGACAAGUGAACAGCGUGAUGUACGACGUCCUUUGCCUGUAUGUACAGCGGUCCUGCAAAAUCUACACCAACUACCUCGAAAGGUUCAGCCUGCGUCGUUCUCGUACGCAGCAGAGGUCCCGCUGGAGCACUGGAGCACUCGCCGGAAUAGCACUAAAUCGCUGGCACGUUACACACAGCGCAGCAUCUUCUUCACCAGCUCUCGUACCCCGAAGGAUCCAAUACCUCUCGCGGAGCUGGACUGGAGUGUGUCUUACUCCUGCGUGUAACACCAUCAUGUGAGCGUCGAUCAGAAGUACCGUGGAAUAUCGAUGCUCUUUCAGUAGUACGAUAGGGUUUCGUUCAUCGUAUGUCAUGUUGUUCGAUCGGAGUCGCCCUCUUAUGCGAAGCACUACCUCUUGGUUGAUGAAACUACUGAAGUCUCGAAGAGGAGAAGUGGAUGGGGUCUCGGUUCUGCUGGUCGCACGUCGAAGCUUGGCGGCAAACGCCGAUAUUAGCUUUUAGCCAAUAUGUCCGCGCUCCUUGGAUUUCCUCUGCAGUCAGAGGCCCCGAUUGUUUUCCCGUUGACCUAACGUUGUGAAGGAAUCGAAACAUCCACACUCUUGUUCUGUUGAGUUUUGAAGCCGAGCUGAAUGCGGUGACAUCAAGCAACGUUGCAGAUGGUGUUGAAAUGUCCAAUAUGUCAGCUCUCGGUCCCCUCUCCUCGAGCUUAUAUCGAGGUGGCUCCUCGCGCUUCUCCUUGGGCCAUUCUUUAGCUGGCAGCGGCAACCAACUGGUCCCCGAACAACAGAGUGGAGUGGAGACCAAUCCAAGGUGGUCAGACCUCGUGACAUGAGGUCGGCGGGGUUCUCCUUUCCCGGCAGGUGGUGCCAUGUCACACAUUGCAGUUCUUCUGUGGCAUUCCAGCAACCUUGUCAUUUGCCAACCUGAUGUCUGCCCUCUAUGGAAGGCCGACUUCGCACCUCCCAUUGGUCUUGGCGAUCAUAGUUUCGGAGUCUCGCAUGACAUCGUUGUCCAAAGGAUCGUCCACCGAUGCGUCGAUGACACCCAUCCUCUGAAGUUCCCAGAAUUGCUUGAGGCUUGGCAUGGGUUCGGGCUCUUGGACCGCCGUUCUCCGCAUGACCACCCUGGAGCAACUAAUAACCGGGGAGUUUGACCCUUUUCGUCCCUGAACCGCCCAUCCGAAUACGGGCUGCACUGCAGUCAAGCUUCCUCUGUCGGUGAAUCUUUCCAAUGAUGUACUCCCAGUAGUGAUCCGGGCCAAGCAGGAUAUCGAUGCCCCGAUGUUCCAGUCCGGUCAUGGCAUCUCCUACUAAGCAACCGAGCUCCUUUAAUGUCGCGACGAUGGAUUAAUCUGGGCUCGGGAGAUUUUGUUCGCAGAUGGUAGGUGUUUCUAGCAUGUCGAUUUCAUAUUUUUUGUAGUACCGUUGGUCCCGCAAAGUAAGCUGCACCCUGCGAAACAUACGUUCGGUGCUUUCGCCUCUGAACAUGCCGAACGUGAGGAUCUCCAUCCCGAGUUGUUUGCAACCGAGUCUCUGGGACAGCUCCUCCGUAAUGAAGGAACGUUGACUGCUGCUGUCAAAAAGAAUUCGGGAUAGUCUUCUUUUGUUUUUGUUCUCGGCCCAUGCGGUCACCGUCUGCAAGAACACUGCUGGCUUGCAGUUCUUUCCAUUGAUCUGAAGACUGACCGGUGUUUUAUCUUCGCUUUCUGUUUUAUUCACCGCGAAAAGUCGUUCCAGUACGUAAUCCGGGUCACACAUAGUAGGCGCAUGCCAUCCUUGACACCUGGUGCAACACGGCGUGCUUCGGCACAUCCUCGCCGUGUGGUUUGCUUUUGUGCAACGAAAGCAUCUGUUGCCAGCCUGUAAUCUUUGUUUUUUUUUUCUCAGUGAGCUCAAUAUUGGCGUUGCAGUCAGGUGUGGCGUGUUCUUCGGAUUUGCAGAACUAACACUCUAAGCCUUCAGUCUUGCCAUACAAGGCCGCUGCGGUAGAGUUUCGAAGGUUCGUGUAGUUUGAAAGUUUCUUCGGCAGUUCUUGUUUAGGGAAACGAAUUGCAGGCUUACCGCCAAAGUCGUCCUCUUGUUCCUCUGACGUCCUUUCCCAGCUCUCGACUUCAACUCGAAUAAAUUUGAGUAGAGUCUGUAGAGCUCUUAGAUGAACAUUCUCUGUUGGAGACUCGGGACUGGUGCCCGUCACUGCGGUGGCGUUCUUGGUGUCCUCCAACGACAUCUUCCGGUUGUAAUCCAGGGACAUGUCCUUCGGUAGUGCUUGCAGUAGGAGCGAGUAGAGCAUGGCGCAGUAGGAUUCCUCGCCCACACCCAGUGCUCCAAGUCCCCAGAUGUGCGCCUGAAGACUGUCGUACAAACGACGCAGGGUUCGGGCAUUGCCCUGAAGUGGUACCUUCUGGAUGUCCAUCAGACUUUUUAUGUGGUUGUGUACCAGAGUCUCUUGCUUGCCGAACCGCUGCUGUUGAAGGUCGAUCGCGUCCGCAUAGCAUUGAGCGGUUGGCUGUAGUUUCGGAUGGCAGCUGAUCCAUCUCCGGUAAGCGCUGAUCUCAGGUAAUUGAACUUUUCCGAUGGAGUCAGUUCCGGAUUCUCGUGGAUUGUGGUUUCACUCCCAGAAUGCUUGCCAAUUCUUCCGGUUGCCGCUGAACUUGAUAAAUUCUAAUUUUGGAAGCUUGACUUUCUACGGCUGUUGCUCUCCAAUCGUUCGAGGGACCACUUGCUCGUUGGCUGUUCUCCACGCCCUUCGCCUUCUUUCUGAGCUUCGUGAGGCAUGUGACAAUCUUGUCAGUAUAAUCUAUGAUUUGUGUGAACUCCAUUUUCACGUCUCUUUCGGUAAUCAAAGGCUCGAUCGCGGCAUCUACGUGGCCGAGUUGAUCCCGAGAGAGGCUUAUGCACUCAAUCAAAAUCUCUAGGUCAUCGAUGACUGCUGGAGUCAGCUGAAAUAAUUCUUUUGCCUCGCUGAGGAGUUUAGUUACUUGUGUUUGCAGAGUCUUCCGUUUCUUCUUGAGGAUGUCCAUGAUCUUUCAGUCUUGUCUCGAUGGAACGUUGCUUCUGUCGUUCGAUAGGUAUUGCUUCGGUCUACCAGAUUCCCUUCGUCGAAUUGUUACGUAGCGGGUUUCCGCACAAAAUGCAUGAACUUCUGGUGGUCAUUGUUGGUUACGUUGAUGCAAACAUUUAUUUACACUAUGCACAAGCAACAAAGCAGUUCGAUCUGACGUGUCAAUCUCAUGUGUUCCGAGCACAAGCCCUGGGCCAUGCGCUCCCAGGCCACUAGCUCCUUGCCAUGAGCUCCUUUUCAAAACGUCUCUGGCCCAUUUCCUCGUCUCCAGUGUGUGAUCGUUGUUACACAUUGUUUGUAAAGUAAAAAAUUGGUUAGUUUGCAAUAAACAGUGAGUUUCUUAUAUGUCAAAUAUUGAUCUCUUCAUUCUAACAUUAAUUAUGUACUGCUCGUGCAAGCUGUUGCUCCCAAGUGCUUGGUAGGAAAAGAUACAUAUUUAGGAGGUUUGAAGGUAGAUAGCAUGCAAACUUACUCAGCACU